GAGGUUUAGAUCUCUGCUCUCUCUUGUUACUGCAGCACAGCUCUCCUCUCUGGAACAAAAGACUGAUCGGUGGUCAGUGGUCAACCACAAGGCUCUGUAGAUGGGAAAGAGAAGAGACAACCCGGCGUGUGGAGCAUAUAGCAGCUGAGAAGUUUACACGGGUCUCUUCUUCUGUAACAUCUGGUCUCUUCUGCAACAUCUGGCACUUUUCCUUCAGCCUCCUUCAGCAGCUGCACUUUCCAUCAACUAUUGAUCCCUGCAAGUUCACAGCGGUACGGUUGCUAUGGUGAACAGCAGGGUGGAGGCACCCACAGUGGCGGUGAUGGGCGGCGGCGGGGGGACAGCGAGCAGGUUGUGUGCAGGAUGUGGAGGUCGAAUCGUAGACCGCUUCCUGCUCUUCUCCAUGGAGCGGUACUGGCACACGCGGUGCCUCAAGUGCUCCUGCUGCCACGCUCAGCUGGGCGAGUACAGCAGCACCUGCUACAGCAAAGGAGGCAUGAUCCUCUGCAAGAACGACUACAUCAGGCUGUUUGGACACAGUGGAGCCUGCAGCGCUUGUGGUCAGUCGAUACCUGCUAGUGAGAUGGUGAUGCGAGCACAAGGAAACGUUUAUCACCUUAAGUGUUUUACCUGUGCGACCUGUAGGAACCGGCUGGUCCCUGGCGAUCGCUUUCACUACGUCAACGGGACUAUUUUCUGUGAACACGACCGGCCUGGUGGAGGUCUGCUCACUGGACAUCCGACUCCUCUGCAGAACAACAGCAUGAUGUCUGACCAGAAGGUCUGCUGAGGAAGAGGAUGGAAAACUAAAUGUGUGCCUUCUCCCCCCACCUUCCUCCUCUGUCCCUCCUUCACCCUCCUCUUCCUCCUCUAACCUAUAAAUCCUGCCAUCGGUUGACCACCCUCCAGUCUGACGGACAGUCUGGAUACAGCCAUUACUGCACCUCGUUUAGAUUUCAUCAUCCCAACAGAAACUUCUCUGAGUCGACUGUGAGGAGUGAAAUCUGGACAAGUGCAGUACUCCGCUGGCGGGAUGAAGGAUGCUGAGGAUGGUUGGACUUUAUUUAUACAGUAGGCUGUUGUCUAUUGUGAACUGUGGCAAUAUUACUGAUAAGAACUGGCGCGGCUAACGGGGGAAAAAUGGAAGACUGCCAUGGAAUCAUCCAUUACCUUCUUUACCCAGCUAGCCAGUUACAGCGGGCAUUUAAUACGGAGGGACGACUGACAGCAAAGUGACUCCUGCAGGAGGUGAAAUAUACUUCAUACAGACCACACACACAUAGUUUGACCUUUCAUUUUUGGUUUGAGGAAGAAUUGUAUGGAUCGCCUGAUUCCAGCUGCAGGAUGUUUCCUUCCUUCCUUCCUAGUCUCCGCAUUGUUUUUUCAUAUCUGAGGCUAUAUUGCAGUAAUAAAGGACCAUCUUUUCCCGUU